CUGGUCGUGCUUCGACGCGACUCAUGUGACGAAGAACUUGAGGACGAUAGGGCGGGUACUCCGGGUGUGGUUUUUUAUUAUUAAUUUUAUUGUCAUCACUGAUCAGGACGUGCAACACCAGCCAUCAAGAGUUUUAAUAUUUAUUUUAUAUUUAAAAAGUAAUAAAGUUGUUACCAAGGAAGAAAUAUUUAAAAUAAUCCUACAACAACAGAGCAACAUGAGAUGGAAAGGGUUAUCACCAACAGACAUAGAGAAACAUAGAGAGAUCAAGACUCAGCUGAUUACUAAAGAUGAAUAACAUGCUGGUAAUAUAUAAAUAAAUAAUAAAAAUGAAAUGAUAAAAUAAGAGACUCGGAGUAAUAGGAAAAAUCAGAUGCCAUGCAGAGCCGAUUGGAUGGAAAGCUUAUUUUAUUGUAUACAUUAUUGGUUCUGCAGGUUUUCAUAGUGAUGAUAUAUGUGAUAUCAACACCGACAUCUGAAUACGAUGGAUCGACAACGAGAAAUCCUGUUAGUUUUAUUGAAAGCGAAACCGUACAGGUGCCUAUUUAUAAUCAAAUAAAACAAACUCCUAAACCGACAACUCGUACAAUUAGCGGAGAGAUAAAAUUAAGGGAUACGCGGACGUCGGAAUUUUUUAUAAUUAAAAAUGAGACUGGCUGUUGGAAGGAGGGAUUAGAUGAAGAUAAAAUGAAGACUGUUGGGCGUGAAUUAGAUAGAUGUAUUUGUAAACAGGGAUGGCAUGGUGCUGACUGCGGUGAGCCGGAAGUUGUUUGGCGAGCAAUAAUGGCCAGCAAACAGAAUAUUAAACUCACGAGACGCAGAACAUCACGAAGAUUGAUUUAUGUAUUUUCAGUCCAUGAUUUUAAUUCAGCAAUUGCCGAAGUUAUUGUGGAGGAACUUGAUCGUGUAGUUGAUCUAUUUGUUAUAUGUGAUUUUAGUAAUUCUGAGGAAAAUUUUAAACAUAAAUUAGCUAAAGGUCUGCUAGAACCUCAGCAGAAUAAAAUAUUGUAUAUCAAUGCCGCUGGGAAAGCACGUAAACCAAUGCGUGUAAUAUCGCGAUUUAUUUGGGAAAAAAUAAGUGUCCAAGUGAAAAAUAUAAAACACGACGAUAUCUACGUUAUGACUGACAGUGAAGAGAUAUUGAAUUGGCGGGCACUGAUGUUUCUAAAAGUAUACGACGGCUGGCCGCAGCCAAUCGGUUUCCGUCUUCGAUGGUCAGUGUUUGGAUUUUUUUGGCGACAUCCAUUAAAAACCACAAUCACCGUGGGUGCAUGUACCGUUGGAUUUAUUUACAAUGCAUUUCGUACGAAUGCCGCAGUGCUACGUCAACUGACCGACGAAACUAGUGAACGCGACAAUCUCGGGCUGGUUAUCGGUGACUUAAAUCAUUACGGUGGUUGGUACUGUCAUUAUUGUCAAGCGCCUGCAAAUAUCGUAAACUUACUGCAACGCGAGGGGAAAAAUAAAGUACCUGAUGGUACAAAAAAUUUAGACGUAGUGUUCAUAGAAGAUCUUAUUGGUGGCGGUGUUUGGAUUGAUGGUAAAACAAAUUUACUGAGAGCUUAUAGAUCACGUGAAUCAUACUUUGCACCCGAAACAGUUAUUGCCAAUGCAUUCAAGUACGACUGGUUAGUUGAUAAUUUUUAUGCUAAACUCGACUACUAUUAAUGCAUUUGCAAUACUAAAGAUCUGUGAUAUUUAUCUUCAUACUCUGGAUUUUCCAUAUAACUCAAUUUUAUUACAAUUAUUAUUAUAUUAUAUAUAUUAAUUACUAACGAAUUUAUAAAAUAUGUUUUUAUUAAAGUAAAUGUUAAAUUUAUAUAUAUAUUUAGAAGAUUAUAAAAUAGAUAAAUAAUUUGAAAUAAUUUAAAAAGUAAUUAAUUAAAUUAAAUUUUUUAUUUAAACUUACCAAUUGUAUCUGAAUAGUGCUAGAGAAGUUGUCAAGUACGGUAACAUCAAGUAGAGUGAAAAUUGAUGGGCUUUCCAUAAUGCACCAGACAAUUCAAUUAUAUUAAAAACAAUAAUACUCGAGGCUAUUACAAGACUCUGUCCUACUUCAAGGCCAUUAAUACCAGCCAAUAUAUUUAUAGCAUUUGUACAAAAGACUGCCAGCAUUCCCAUGUAAACGUAAUAGAGGAGACCCAAGUUUACAGACAAUCCAAACCAAGCUCUCAAGGGUUUUGGUACUAUCACAAAAGUGCCGUUAUAGUUUAC